AUGAGUGGGCGAGGCCAAGAGCAGGCGGCCAAGGUUGCAGGGACUGGUGAGGUCAGGGAGAGGGCACUGGCAGGAUUUGGGAUGCCGCUGAUGCACGGCGAGGCAGACGGUCGCGUGUGCCUGCAUCCAAUCUUUCUGCUGGCCCGGCCUGGAACCUCGCAGCUUCACACGGGCUACAGCUGGACGCCGUCUUCGUGGGGUCGGCUGGCUGCACCUGCCCCAAUCAAGCGGCCGGCCACCCAUCUCCGGCGGCAGCUUCGACCUCAUUCGAGCAGUUGA